AUGUCACGCAAAGCACCCACUUGUCGGCGUGGUUGUAUUGGCACUGAUGGGCAACCAGCCCCACUUCGGGGGCACAAAUGUCCCUUCCGGAAACAUGCAUCGAUCGCGCAUGCGGAGUCGACAGAAUCACCGGUCCAGCCAAUCGAAAACUUGCCACUGCCCUUAUCGAACACAAUAACCAAUCCAUCGUCUAAUUCCCCCUCAUUGCUAACACCAGCUGUGCCUGCUUCUGUGGUGCCAGCACCGUUUAUCUCAACAACUGCGAGUUUCCCAUAUUUUGAUGAGACCAUGGCCUUACCUGCACACCCCCCAUUGUCGAUAGGAGAUGGCAGCGAGAGUGGAUCGAUGCCCAUGGAAUUCUGGAAUGCCCUCGUCAACAGUCUUCCCGCCCCCGCAAAUGAUCCAUUUGCAGUGUCAACAUCCGAUGAUCAACUCGAGUUCGGAUCGGACAUGCUUGUGGACCAUCCAUUUGAGGUGGCCGCAACUGAAGGGCCUAGGCUCGCGGUUCCGUCUAUAGUACCCUCACUUAAUUUAUCUCAUCAUGCCCAGGCACUAUCAUCCAUCUCGGAUUCUCUGCUAGAUGCUACCCUUUUAGGGCAGCGGCCUGAAGCUACUGAUACUGAUGUGUCGUCAAAUAGAGAGCCUACUAUCAACAACAGCUCAAAUCCUUUGGGACAAGGACCAAAGCGGAAGUGUGCUAAUGACUCGACAAGCAAGAAACGGAAACUCCCAACAUUUGCUAUUGAUGCAAAACGGCGAAUGGAUGCUCAUUCUGAUCGAAUCAAAGUGUUGCUAGACUAUGCAUACAAACUUGACCUUACGACAAGGCCAUAUAUUUUUCUUUAUGUUUCUCGGCCCGAAACAGUUCUGCAUCCAAAAGGGGCUUCGAAAAGUUACAUUUCAGGGAAUCUGCGCAAGGUGCUCGAUAAUUUGGGCCGGGAUGAUUUUGUUAAUGAUCUGCAUGCGAUGAUUUGUACAUUCGCGAGAGAGCAACGGAUAACACAGGAGCAGAUGAGACAGGUAAAUGUGGAGGUCAAUAAUGCACUUGAGUUGAGGCGAGAGAUUGAAGUACGAGAAGCUAAGUUAAAGGCUCGUGAAGCCGACGUUAAUGCUCGAGCAGCACAAGUUAAUGCUCAGGCUGCACAUCUAGAGAAUAUGGUAUCAGUGCAGGCUACUAUGCUUUAA